CAGAAUGAACGUCGUGUAGUUGGAGGUAAUGAAUCAGCACCACAUAUAUGGCCUUGGACUGUACAAUUAAUUUAUGCAGAAACAAAAAUUCAUCGAUGUGGUGCAACCCUUCUAAGUGAUGAUAUCGUUAUCACUGCUGCACAUUGCUUCUCUCGGAGUCGUAAUCCAGCACGUUAUACAGUCCUGAUUGGCGGUCAUGAAAUUGGUUCCGGUGAAAGCUAUGAUAUUCGUAACAUUUCAAUACAUCCGCUAUUUAAUGUGCUUAUGCCAAGUUCAUUUGAUGUUGCUAUAGCCAG